UUUUCGAAGGCAGUUGAAGUGGACUUUGCUUUGCGGACGUUUGGUAUACACGGUGAACGCGCAACUUACGUUUUCGGUUUUCUAAAUUCAUAAAAUAGUGCAAUGUUAGUCAGAAAGAGUAGUCUACCAGGCAAGUUAUGGGCGAUGCUGUGCCUUACACAGUUAGUGUCGUCAGCUUGGGCUGACUUCCAUGCGCCGCCGCCACCACGGAGUAUUGCCACGACCCGGGAUCUUAAUUUCGUCAUGGGUGAGGGUUUGGCUCAAACUAACCGCAUGGUGCCAACAGCCGAGUUAAACCCGCAAUUCUGGAGGAAUCAAGCCAAUAGCGAGAUAGAAAAAAAAUUAAAUGCCGCAUUGAAUAAGAAUAAAGCGAAAAAUGUCAUCUUUUUUCUCGGUGACGGCAUGCCAAUCCCCGCCAUUACUUCGGCUAGGAUUUUGCAUGGACAGCGUGUUGGCUACUUGGGUGAAGAACAGUUAUUAUCAUUUGAGAAGUUUCCCUACACCGGUUUGAGCAGAACCUACUGUACCAAUGGACAAGUAGCGGAUUCAGCGUGUACAUCCACCGCUUAUAUGACUGGCGUGAAAACGAAUUUACUCUUGCUGGGCGUAAAUGCAAAUGUCAACUAUAACAAUUGUACGGCCAGCAUGGAUCCCGCCAAUGAUUUGACGUCGCUGUAUGAUUGGGCGCAGGCAGCGGGUAAAGCUUCCGGUUUUAUCACCACCACAACACUAACGCACGCCAGUCCAUCGGGUGGUUAUGCGCAUGUCGCCAAUCGGCAAUGGCAAAGCGAUGCCGAUGUAUUAUCAUAUGAUGUCGAUCCGUCCGCCUGCACGGAUAUGGCACAGCAAUUGAUCACAGAAGAGCCGGGCAAGCAUUUGGAUGUGCUUAUGGGUGGUGGUAUGACUAAAUUUUUGCCGAAGACGAUAAAGGACUCUUUCGGUAAUGCCGGUGUACGUUUAGAUAAUCGAAAUUUACUAACAACCUGGCGGAAUCUACAUCCGAAUGGUGUCAUCGUAAAUAAUCGUGACGAACUGUUACGUGUCAAUAUUUCGCGUAUAUCGAAUAUUAUGGGUAUCUUUAAUAGCGGAUUGAUGGACUAUAAUUUAGUAGCGAACGACAAACAGCCGACACUCGCCGAAAUGACCGGUGUCGCUUUGGCUUUCCUCAAUCAAAAACCGAAUGGCUAUUUCAUCUUCAUCGAAGGUGGCCUUAUAGACUAUGGUAAUCAUGAGAAUAAAGCCGGUAUAGCUUUGGAUGAACUUUUAGAGUUCGAUAAAGCUAUACAGCUGGCGCGUUCUAUGACCGAUCCAGCGGAAACAUUAAUCGUUGUGACAGCGGAUCAUGGUCAUGGUUUAUCCGUAUCCGGUUAUCCUGAGCGUGGUAAUAACAUAUUGGGUUUGAAUAAUAUGGACACGGACGCAAAAGGUAUACCAUAUGCGACAUUGAAUUAUGCACUUGGAACAAACCAAUAUCUGAACGCGGAUGGCAGCAGAAUGGAUUUGACCGGUAAAACGGGAAAACCAGACUUCAUUUCGCCCAGCUACAUUAACCAGGUAAUGGGUGCGCAUUCAGGUGAGGAUGUGUCCGUGUACGCUUCAGGCCCUUGGGAGCACCUCUUCUCAGGCGUCAUGCAACAAAAUCUCCUACCGCAUUUGAUGGCUUAUGCGAGUUGUAUUGGUGAUGGGCCGAAAAUGUGCAGCUGAAAUUGCAUUUAACUUUAGAAGGCAAACCCUCAUUGCUAGAUAUUAAUGCACAGUGUUCUAGUUACCUAAUAAAAAAAUAAAUGUAAUGUUUUUUAUAGCUUGACGGACUAACAUAAUAUAUAGGUCAUUGUAAAUUGUGGUGUGCCUAAAAAAAAAGUGUAUGAUAACAACAAUAAAGAAAGUGCUUAGGCAAUUGUAGCCACUUGUUACAAAACUA